AUCUUGGACGAACUACCCAUCCGCUCGCUGUUCACAUCCCAGUUCUCCUAUCGCACCCGUCUACACCACUUGAGAUUAUCUGUCCGGCUCACGCCGUGAAGACGACUCUGCGACAACUACGAAGUACUCCAGCAACCUACAUCGCUUGGGGAAGCCACCAUGCCUUGGGGCAUCCAACGUCUCAACGCUCGAAAGUCGCAGCCCAACUCCAACAUCGUUUUCAUUAAGCCCCUUCCCGGAUCGAGAGAGAAGACCGCACAAGACUUUUUGGAACGGAUUGCGGCACAAUGCCUGCCCGUCAUGCGCAAGCACAGCCUCUAUGUCAUGACGCUGGAAGAAUAUGAGCCCAACCGCGAAUUCGUCGGCCGCAACUUCAACGCCGGCGAGGUGAUUCAGCUAGUGCUCCGGUCGCCCCGCUCCGGCCGCUGGCUGCCGUUUGAGUACGUCCAGAUGGUCAUGAUGCACGAGCUCGCGCACUGCAAGCAGAUGAACCACUCACGGGCAUUCUGGGCCGUACGCAACGGCUACGCUGUUGAAAUGCACGCCCUGUGGAGCGACGGCUACCGCGGUGAGGGCAUCUGGGGCCGCGGCGCGAGCCUCGGCACUGGCGAGUGGGCGCGGGAUGCCGUCCGCCCAGACGAAGAGCCGCUGCCCGAGCACCUCUGCGGCGGGACGUACCGUUCGCGCGGCCGAAAGCGCAAGACGAAGCCCACGCUGACGUAUCAGGAGCGAAAGGAGAGGAGGAUUCUCAAGAAGUUCGGCAGGAACGGCGUGGCCCUGGGUGCCGAUGAGGAAGCAAAAGUCAAGCUGGAAAAAGGCAAGCGGGUACAGGCCAAGCCCAGAGUGGCUGGGAGUGCCCGGGGCCGCGAACUCCGCGCUGCGGCCGCGCUGGCUCGGUUCGAACAACAGAAGGAGGAAAAGGUUGACCUGAAGCAGGAAGACGGCAUGGGCGAGGAGACCGAAUCCGGCAGCGAGAGCGAGUAUGAGGAUGGCGACUCUGGAGACCUGGACUCGAAGGACGCGCUCGACGUUGACGGCAGUCGGCUCACAGACAGGAAAGGCCGGGGCAUGGUACGGGUAUGCGAAGACGAGGAUACCGAUGACCCAGAUGCCAGGAACGAGCUGGACGAGCUCCGCGACGUCUUUACACAUACGAAAUUGAAGCGGGAAUCUCCCGGGCCGAAUCCAAGGAGCCGACGGGCCGGCUCAGAGCAGAGGGGUGACGGCCAUGACCCUCAGCCAGCACUGUCCAAGCGCAUAAAAGACGAGCCGACAGAGGAGAGAACCAGCAUCGAAACACUUCCCAAGGUGCCGACACGGGCUACAGGCUCACAAGCACCCAUCAUAAAAGCGGAAUCGCACACCAGCAAAACUACACAACCACCACCCAACCCUCGCCCCCAGAGAAACCCUCAACGCACAGCCGCACCUUCAACGUCGACAUGUCCCAUGUGCUCCUUUGCCAAUGCCGAGCUGGCCGUGACGUGCGCCAUGUGCGGCAAUGUCCUGGACCCGGCAAAGACGCGCGGUACUUGGAGAUGUCGCAGGUCCAGCGCCUGCAACGCAAGCUCGUACGUGAACUCAGGCGACUGUGGCGUGUGCGGGUUGUGUGGGCGAAGGCGAGCAGACGAGUGAGGGGUUGAUCUGAGAAGGACAACACGAUCACCGCGUGUUGAUGCAAUCCUUGACGGCGACGGGCCUCAUGCGGCAUCGUCAUGUUUGAUAGGUGCAGUGCUGAAUUAGCUGCUCAACUCCAUGCAGCCCUGCUUCAUAGGAGCUCACACGUCGCAGCUCUCGUGUGCCGCGACACGGCGUUGGCUGUCUUACCCUACCUUGACAGGCCCCGGCAAUUGGGCCACAAAUCAAGCCUCAUGCUGAGUCUAGAACGCCAUGGUCACACCUCUGCAUCUGGCGCGGUGGCAGUCUUGCCGUGCGAGGGACGGCCCAAGUGGUCGCGAGCAGCACGUCAGCCCGCGCGGCGAGCUCGGGGAAGGUGUCAGACGACCCAACUCCUCGGCUCGUUCAUGUAGUCGAAGACCAGCAAGAAGUCGGGGGGUUGCGGCGACAGGCUGUGGGUGUCUUUUGCUGGACCGUCAAGGUGUUCCAGAGGCUUGCCUUUCUUGUAAUACUGCUGUACACCCCAAUGUAGCUGGUGGGGAGGUAACCAUGACUCGGGAGCCAUUGCCUGGCACGGCAUCGUAUCGCCGGCCUGGGCUGGGCUGGGCUCGAGGUGAGGGGAGUGGAAGGAAGGUUCUGAGUGUCAGCCUCCUCGGUGCGCCCACGACCAUGGAUUUCGGCUGUCGGCAGCCUCUUCGACUUGAGCCUUUCGAUUACUGGGCCGGACGUAUACUGUACCGGGUACGUGUGCUGCUCUCGGCCUCAUGCGUGGAGGGUCCUCACUUUGUGCGUUCCUUUGAGCAGCGGAAGCCUAUGAAGUACUACGGACAUACAUACACAAGCACGCGAGCACGCGUGCCGUGGAGCGACGGCGUCUGACCGUGAGAAGUGAGCACGUGGCUUGGCUGCCCGGAUGAGGCGGAUAGUGAGUGAGGGGGCCCGCGGCGAGGGGAGGGGAGCGCGGCGAACGCACCCGGUUCAAUCGGGCUGGUUGGCGGCCGACGCGCAAACCCUCGAGGAUGAAUGAGGAGGAGGAAAAGGAGGAGGAGGGAUUGAUGGUGCAGGAUUCAGUUGGUGGUGGUCGUCGUCGUAAUUCGUGAUGCAUAGGAGGCACCACAGCGCU